GUCUCCGCUAUUGUUAUCGUUGUUGUUUGUCUCUCACGACAGGUACAUGUGCGCGUUCACUGUAGAGCGCGUGUGACGUCAUUCGUUCAUCUUCUUCUCAACACUGUCUGUCGUCGGCAGUGGUGAAUGAAGCAUGAGGGAGGACCAUGGCGCAAUGCAGGGCACAGGAGAAAACGGAAGGCUCCCGGUAGCAGGCGAAGAAGAAGGAGGUCACAACACGCAGUGUCUGCAUCACGGUGACUGUGGCUGCAGCAGCAGCAUUGGCAACGGCCACCGCAGCCGCCUCCGAUCUGAGCGGUCCUCCACAUCAUCGAUCCACGAGCCACUCAAGCCACCGCCAGACAGCAGAAUCGUGGUGGAGGAAGGUACCAUUAACGUUAGAACAGCGGAGCACAACCAGAGCAUCCUCAGCUUCAGCGCACAAGUGCUUCCCUCCCUCGUCAUGUCAGGCCUUGGGAUGCUUGCUGCAGGUGCCCUCCUCGAUAUUGUCCAGCACUGGCCCGUGUUUGUCGGCAUUUCGGAAAUGUUCAUCCUGUGCCCGUCGUUGUUGGGGCUCAAGGGGAACCUGGAGAUGGUGCUUGCGUCCCGUUUAUCCACAGCCGCACACGCACACCAGCUAUCGGGCGACAAGGCCUGGUCCACUACCUACAGCAACCUGCUGCUGAUUCAGUGUCAGGGUCUUGUGGUUGCCCUUGCUGCCUCCAUCAUGAGCGUCAUACUCGGGAUCAUCUUCCACCAGGAGUUCAGCAUCAGCGACACCCUGCUCAUCGCCGCCGCCAGCAUCACCACGGCCUCCAUCGCCAGUCUGCUGCUUGGUACCAUCAUGUGCGCAAUUGUCAUUGCCAGCCACCGCCACAACAUCAACCCAGACAACGUGGCCACCCCCAUUGCCGCUGCUCUUGGCGAUCUUGUCACUCUUGCCAUCCUCGCAUAUGUCGGCUCUCUCCUCUACCAAACCGGACCCUCCGCGCAGGGCGGCACGUCUGGACUCGUGUGUGCAUUUUUCCUCCUUGUUAUCCUUCCACUUGUCUACAAUGAAGUGCGCAAGCGACCAACCGAACACGCCAUUCUCAAAGACAGGCUGGCGUGGGGAUCCAUCCUUGCAGCCAUGUGCAUCUCCUCCGUAGCGGGCAUCAUUCUCGAGCGCUUUGUGACGAAUUUCCAGGGCAUUGCAGUGUUGGCGCCACUCAUCAAUGGUGUUGGGGGCAAUCUCGCCAGCGUGCAGGCAGCACGCAUCUCAACUUCCUUUCACAUGCGCACCCGGGAGAAUCACGUGCGCGCCGCUGUUGUUCUGUUUGCGUAUGUCGUGCCCGUGUCUCUCUUCUUCAUGGUCUUCGUCAAUGCGUUUCAGCUUGGGCACACGUCCAUCACCCUCUUCUUCGUCAUCGGCUAUUCUCUCGCCGCCAUGGCGCAGGUGUUGUUACUGCUUGUGAUUGUGCACAAGCUCGUCGCCUUUGUCUGGUCAAAGCAAGUUGAUCCCGAUCAGAUUGCCAUCCCGCUGGUGACGGCGCUGGGUGAUGUACUGGGAACAGCAGCACUCGUCCUCUGCUUCUCAGUGUUGUUCAAACUCGGAGACGGUGACAUGGAUGUUGGGGAUUGAUUGCCAACUACUCUUCACGGCAACGUUACAGCGAAGGUUAGCGUUAGGAUUGAUCACCACAGGAGAACGAAACACUGUCUACUCGCCAUCGUUACUCUCCUGAAAACGCAAACUUGGCACGUGCGUGUGUGCAUGCGUGUUACUAGUGUGCGUGCACGCAUCGUGAUUGUCAUUGGCUUGCAAUGUAAACAACGCACAACAGUAAA